AUGGACGAGGCGGAGGUAGGCGAGGAGGAGCCAGGCUUCCAGCAGCCUGCGCCUCCUGUAGUAGCUGCCAGUUUUAGCGGAUGCUCUAAUGAUGGGAGCGGCGGGGGGACAGAGAUGAAGAGAUUCACACUUGGAGGCGGGGCCGCGCGCAAAAACUCCAACAACAACAACGAACUGUGGCUCCUGCAGGACGAGGACUCCUAUAAAGAACCUCUGGGCGCAGCUGACAGCGCCGCCUCUGCUUUGUUAUGUCCGGGGGAAGCUACUGGCAGCCGGGGUGGCUCAGUGUCAGACCACAGGAGGGACACAGUCUCAGAGGCAUCAGGCGCGGGGCCCAUCGGAAUGAUAUGCAACAAGAACGGAGACUGUAGAAGGGACCCAACCAGUUCAGGGAGUCUGUCUUCUCUCAUCUCCAGACAAGAAAGGCAAACAGAUGGAGACGUAGGGAGUCAAGAGGAAAAGGGGCAGGCUGGGAGGAUGGACGCCUCUGGUACCUCAGCGGGCUCCCUGACUCAGGGCCCCACCGGGACUGAGGUCAAGACCACCGCACCGAUGGAGAAGAAGGACUCAAGAGUUUCUUUUUCCAGCGCUCCGACUGGCAAAGGUCAAACCCCGAGUGCGCAUUCAAGAAACUCUGUCACUUUCACUAAAGCGGAGGACAGUUCUCAGAUAGUUCCGGACGAUGGGGACUCCAGGGGGAACCAGACCUACAUGCAGCGGCAGUUCAGCUCCAUGCUCCAGCCUGGAGUUAAUAAAUUCUCCUUGCGCAUGUUUGGGAGCCAGAAGGCGGUGGAGAAGGAGCAGGAGCGCGUAAAAUCUGCGGGUAACUGGAUUAUCCACCCAUACAGCGACUUCAGGUUCUACUGGGACUUCACCAUGUUGAUGUUCAUGGUUGGCAACCUGAUCAUCAUCCCAGUAGGCAUCACAUUCUUCAAAGAUGAGACAACAGCACCCUGGAUCAUCUUUAACGUGGUCUCAGAUACCUUCUUUCUUAUGGACCUGGUGCUCAACUUCCGGACAGGGAUUGUCUUUGAAGACAACACUGAGAUCAUCUUGGAUCCCAAGAAGAUCAAGCAAAAAUACCUGAAGAGCUGGUUUAUUGUGGACUUUGUUUCCUCCAUACCUGUGGAUUAUAUCUUCCUCAUUGUGGAGAAGGGGAUCGACUCAGAGGUAUACAAAACGGCCCGGGCACUUCGCAUCGUCCGGUUCACAAAGAUCCUGAGUUUGCUGCGCCUCCUCAGGCUGUCAAGGCUCAUCCGUUACAUCCACCAGUGGGAGGAGAUCUUCCACAUGACCUACGACCUGGCCAGCGCUGUGAUGCGAAUAAUCAACCUGAUCGCGAUGAUGCUGCUGCUGUGCCACUGGGACGGCUGUCUGCAGUUCCUUGUUCCCAUGCUGCAGGACUUUCCAUCUGACUGCUGGGUCUCACUUAACAAGAUGGUGAAUGAUUCAUGGAGCGAGCUCUAUUCCUUUGCCCUCUUCAAGGCCAUGAGCCACAUGCUGUGCAUUGGAUACGGAAGACAAGCCCCAGAGAGCAUGUCGGACAUCUGGCUGACCAUGCUCAGUAUGAUCGUGGGAGCAACAUGCUACGCCAUGUUCAUUGGCCAUGCGACCGCACUCAUCCAGUCUCUGGAUUCUUCAAGGCGGCAAUACCAGGAAAAGUACAAGCAAGUGGAGCAGUACAUGUCAUUCCACAAACUGCCGGCUGACUUCCGACAGAAAAUCCAUGACUAUUAUGAGCACAGAUACCAAGGCAAGAUGUUUGAUGAAGAGAGCAUCCUGGAGGAGCUUAAUGAGCCUCUGAGAGAGGAAAUUGUUAACUUCAAUUGCCGUAAACUGGUGGCGUCAAUGCCGCUGUUCGCCAACGCCGAUCCAAACUUUGUGACAGCCAUGUUGACCAAACUGAGAUUUGAAGUCUUCCAACCUGGAGACUACAUCAUCAGAGAAGGCACCAUUGGCAAGAAGAUGUACUUCAUUCAGCACGGGGUGGUGAGCGUUCUGACUAAAGGAAGCAUCGGCAUGAAGCUGAUGGACGGCUCCUACUUUGGUGAGAUCUGCCUGCUGACCCGAGGCAGAAGAACAGCCAGUGUGCGAGCAGACACCUACUGCCGCCUGUACUCUCUCUCGGUGGAUAACUUCAAUGAAGUGCUAGAAGAGUAUCCCAUGAUGAGAAGGGCCUUUGAGACGGUUGCAAUUGACAGACUGGACAGGAUAGGCAAGAAGAACUCAAUCCUGAUGCACAAAGUCCAGCAUGAUCUCAAUUCUGGUGUUUUCAACAACCAUGAAAAUGAGAUGAUUCAGGAAAUAGUCAAAUAUGAUCGGGAGAUGGUUCAGCAAGUGGAUGUACCCCGGCCACGAGCUAUGUCAAUGACACCUCCACUUCCUGGUGGGAUUUUUUCUCCUCCAGCUUCUUCCACUCAGCCUCGAGACUCAGCAAUUGCAACUCUACAACAAGCUGUGGCGAUGAACUUUUGUAACCCCAUGCAAGGAAACUCGAUGGGAGCAGGGACCUUGCAGUCUCCUAGGAUGGUGAGAAGAUUUCAGGUGAUGCAAAGUGUUUCCAGCCCAGUCUCUGCUUCUCCGCUACAGUCACAGCUCCUAGCCUCCGGUGCCUUUGCUCCAGUCUUGGCCAGUCCCCCAAUUCAGAGCCCAUUAGCCACAGGAGGACGAGCAUUCCAGUAUGGAUCCAGUGCACUGGCUGGUCCUAACUCAGGCUCCCAGCUGUCUCUGGUUCAACAGCAUAUAGCCAGUCCUGCACACCGGCCCAGCAUGCAUAAGAGCACCCAUUCUUUGCACCUGGGGAGUCUGAGCCAAGAUGUCAGGGCCCUAUCCGCCUCACAGCCCUCAUUGCCCCAUGAAGGGGUGCAACCAACUGUCUCCAGUCCACCCCACUCAGCACAAGUUUCUUCCACUUCUAUUGGACCCCCUCAAACCCUGUCAGGCCCUACAAGCAUUCUGAGUGCAGUACCUCAUAGGGUGGUACUCCCCCAUCAAAUGUCAACCGGGGCCUUUCCUGUAGCAUCUUUGCCUGGUUCUCUGCAUGGUUUUGCAACAGGGAUGGCAGUAGGUAGCAUUGGAACAGGUCAGGCGGACACAGGUCCCCCUAAAAAGGACUCAAUAGUAAGCCUUCCAGAGACAGACCACGCCAAGGUGAGAUCUAGGCUAUCCUCAAACUUGUGAUUUUAAUUAAACUGUUCUGGGAGACUGACUGAUUGAGGAGACUAAUCACAGGAACAUCUUCCUCUUCUUUUUUCCAAGUCUGACUAUUUGAAUGUAUGGAUGUUGAGUGAGCUGGGAACAUCUAAGACAUUUAAAUCUAGUGACAUUUGAUUCUGCCACACAGAGAUGUUUCUACUCACAGCUGUAGUUGAACAGAUAAGUAGAGAUAAAGUAGAGUUUUUCUCAACAUAGUCAACAAUAUAUUCUUCAGUGUCUCAUUCACUUCAUAUAAAGCAAAUCCGGGGUUGAGUGUUUGAAAGAAAUUUUUCAGGUACAUAGGCCUACUUCAGAUAUCAGAAGGUUAAACUUCAUUGGUAAUUAUUUACUGUACCAUAAAAAUCCACCAGAACUCCUUUUAAACUUAUUAGCUUUGGUAUUGGAGAAAAAUUUGUUUUAUUGUCCCCUUUAAAUUAUGUUUACACCUUAUUGGUAAGCACAUAAAAUAAAAUAAAUUAAAAAAUUUAACUACCUUAAAACAAACCCUAAUAGCCAUAUCAAUGAUGGUAUAUUAUAAAUGGAUUGUUGAUAGUAUAAAAAAGAAAAGAAAAAAAAAAGCAACCCUUUUACCUGAAUUUCAUGCAGCAAAAAUAUAAUACUCCAAAGACACUAGGGGACCAGUAGCUCCUUAAUAAAUAAGAGCUUUGGUCUAAGGUAGAGGACCAUCAGAUUCUUAAAAUUAGUCAUGCACAAGAUGCACAAUUUUAUAGGCUCCCUUCACAUUAGAUUAAUGCUGACCUAAAUUGUGCGGAACCUCCACAACUGUUUAAAAUGUGUAAACCAAAUGUUUAUGCAAGGCAAUGUUAUUCUGCUGUGCCUUCAGCGUUUACCUUGGUAAAUUUCUUGCUUUUUCACAAUUCCACAGCCACAUACAUUUCCUGUCAAUCUAUAAAAUCAGUAAAUACAUUUUGAGGAGUUCUGCACCUACCCCAUCAGUUUUAACAUCAUGAUUUUUUUUAACUGCAUGAAAUGAUGCAGAUCAAGGGAUUUUAGAAUACUUUCCACUGCAUAGCAUGCAGUGAUGAGUAAUACUGUCAGUGGAAUACCUGACUUGGCAAGUCUCUCUGAUGUUAUGGUGCGAGUUUACUCUGGAAUGAAGGGGGCCUUGGAAAGAGAAGUAAUCAUGGACUCUUCACUGACAUGAUCUCAUCAUACCAAUUUUUAUUGGUGUGUAAACUCUUCAAAAACUAAUUAUUUAAGAACAUUAAAAUGUGGGGAAAAUGUUUUUUGUUUUUUUUUCUAGACCAUUGAUUUAUAUGCAAAUGAUCACCAUUUACUAACUUUAUAGGUCAUAAAUCUAAAGAGAAUGAAUUAUCCAUUUCACAUCACUAUGGACCUUGCUCUUUUGAUGGUUCAACAACACCUAUUCCACACAAUAGAAAAUGCUACUAUCAGCCAGAAAUGUUACAGAAAUGUAUUCAAAAUUCAGCAGCUGGUUGAGUAAGGUAACAUUUUUAUAUAAUAAACUAUAGAUCUGAAUCUUAAUGGAAAUCACCAGUAUAAGGUUGUAAAGAACAGAUAAACAUCCUUAUAUGUGCUGGAUGUUUCAAAAGGUGACAGAAAAAAGUUUAUUUUGGACCUCUGAAAUGCUCAAUUACGAAUCUGAAUGGAUUCUAGUGAGCCUUUCCUGUUACCUAGACUUGAACUGUUAUUCACUGCCAUUUACAUUCUAGAAGCUUAUUACAAGUUUAUUUUAAAUUCAAAUCCCUGUCAUCACAAUGUAAAUUCAUUCUUUUCUAACCCUGAAUUUUCACUUGCCUUUAGUGGCCGUUAAGGCGAUGCAUCACUAUGCCAAAGUCAAUUCUCACAAAUAAUGUAUCGCCUGUUACCCCCGCAAUUUAGAUAAACAGCCAAGGACAGUGCUGAUCCUUUGCUGGAUGCAUAUUGCAGUUUCCCUCUGUCAUUGAUGCUGCAGUAAGAGUUCAUCCAAUGCCACUGAUUUGUGUCCAAAAGCAUUAGGAAGAAGACCCCUUUUUCCUGGAAGUGACUUUCCAUUCACCUCAGCUUACUAUUGCCUGAAUCAUUACAUGGUAAUGAGAGUGGAAAAUGAAAUCCCUCAGGCCUGUUUGGGUCUGUUAUUAUCAUCCUUCAACUGGAUUUCAUUAUUCUGUGCCAAUAAUGAGUUCCUUUCCUAUGAUCAUUCUGCAUUUUUGUCCUGUUUAGUUUGCACUCCUGCACGUUCAUCUACCAUGAGAGUCCCAAAUUUGAAAAAGUAGACAGUUUUAAGUGUUGUAAAACAGUAUAUUUUUUCUUGUGUUUUCUGUCUCAUGAUAAAAUUCUGCCACUGGAACUCAUUUGAGUCCUCCAGCAUAAUUGAUAUUAUAAGAAUUGUGUUUAUUCUAUACUGUUUCCAGGGGGCACAGUUUUAUAUAUAUAUAUAUAUUAUAUAUAUAUUCUCAAAGCUACUGAUCAACUGAGAUGUAGAUUUUGUACUGCCUUUUGAGUUGAAAGCAAAUUAUCUGAAAAAGGUUAAACAUUUCAGUUGAAAAAUGUUACAUGCUAAUUCAAGAGUACCACCUUUAGACCCACAACAUGGUGAACCCUGAAUGGGCUACAUCAGCAGAUGACUACACAUAGGGUGUUCACUAAGAACAUGAAGCUGAGACCUCAGUUUGCACAGAUUCACAGGAAUCUGACCUCCACACAAGCUGGAUAAUUCUUCCCCUGUCAGAUGGGCCUUAAUUUCAGCUGCAACAUUCUAUAGGUAGAAGUACUUAUAUAGCACUUUUUCAAGUCAGGCAACUUGACCAAAGUCCUUUAUACUACAUUCAGUCAUUCACCCAUUCAGAUACACUGAUGGUGGCAAGCUAUAUUGUAGCUACAGCUGCACUGUUGCUCACUGACCGAAGCCAGGCUGAUGUACACUGAGGCCAUCGGUCCCUCUGACCACCAUCAGUAG